AACCAGAACUAAAACUAGGUUACUCCUUAGAAUGAAGAGAUAAUUUUCGAACUUUACACCAACCAGCAAUGAAUUAAAAUCAAACUCGUUUACUAAACGCGAAACAUCUAAGAGUAACCUAAAAAAACACCCACACAAAAACACAUGAACAAUUGGCAAACAUCAAAACAGAGACAGACAUGGCGAGGAUGAGACAGCUGAAGAAAGGGUUCCAAGCCGUUCAAGAUCUGGAACUGCUCAAACUCUUAAGAUCCGAGAUUCAUUUUGAGCUUUCGGAAAAUCGCUUUCAGAAUGCUGAAACUGGUUCCUUAGGGGAAUUUGUGGUGGACUCAGAUUCACGCCGUACCAAAGAUGUGAUUUUGAGAAGGAAAUGCGACUCUGGGGAGGAAGUUGCUGUUUCAGCGAUUCUGGGUCCUCCUUAUUUUGAUAAAGAACUCGUUUUUCCAAGGGAUGUUUUCAUGAAAGUGUGUGUGAAGAAGCCAAGUUUAAGCUCUAUCUUGCAGUUUGACUGUGAGGUUUAUGAGGAGACUCUUCAUGGCUCUGCGUUUGAUAUUGACAAUGUUUAUUUUCUCAAUUCAUCUACUUGUUUGAGCUCUUCUGUUUAUAGAGGCCCCUUGUUCAGUGAAUUGGAUAUAAAUUUGCAAGAUGCAUUCAAGGAAUACCUGAUAGCCAAGGGCAUUGGACUAGGCCUGACCAAUUUCCUCCUCCAUUACCUACACACCAGAGAGCAAGAGCAGUACGUGAACUGGUUGAAAAAGGUUGAAGCAUUUGUGACAACAAAAGAGUCAUCGAGUCAAUUUUCCGAGGCAAAUUCUACAUAGUUCUGUGGAGUUGUAUUAUAAUCAACAUCGGCACUUGUCAAAGGGGAGGGAAUAGUUAAUCAGAUGUUCAUCUUUUGCCAAUAGCUUAGAGCAGGUUUGUCUAGGGAUUUUCCUCAACAUAAUCACUUAUUUUUGUAUAAAAAACCACCUUUCAGCACUAGGUAGUUUUUUUUUCCAAUAAUCAGAAUCCGAAAAUUAGUUGAGAUUAUAAUUGAAAGUUAUUUUAAAUGGGUUUGCCAUAAAGUUAUGUUUGA